UAAAACUCACUGAAUCAAGAACAGAAAGAUAAGAAACGAGGACACACAAAGCAGCGAUAACAUGAGGAGGAGGAGGAGGAGGAGGAGGAGGAGGAGGAGGAGGGAGAGAGACAGGCAUGGUACAUACACUAGACGAGAGGCGACGAAGUAUUGGAGGCAGGCAAGGACACAGCCUCGACGACCCUCCUCACUGCUCGCCUAAUUGGAUCUGAAUUUUGAUGCCGUGAAGGAGGACAAGGGAGACCAGUGGGCGGGUGUGAGCGGGAGUCGGUAGUGGGAGGCUUCGGGUUCAUAGUACAGUGGCUUCUCCAUUAGUAGGUCGAGAAGCGUGCCUCCAUGAAAGCUUGUGGCCUCUUCCUUGGCAUCGGUAAUGAAGCCAAUUGUGGUUAUUGAUACCAAGUGCUGGGCGGCUCUUUAUUAUGAUUCUUAGGGUGGUCGAGGUUGAAGGAGACGCGCCGGCAGGGAGGUGAUGACUGCGCGAUAGUGGAGGUUCACCGCGGUGGAGGUUAAGGUGGUAGCGUGUCCUUGGAGGAGACUGUGAGGGGAAGGGGAGGAGCGGGUGAGGUCUAUAGGGGGCAGGGAGGUUGGGCUGGAGGGUCUGGCUGCCUCGGAGACUACGCGAGGAAACUAUUGUUCCGUUAAUCUUGGUCGGAAGAGAGAAAAAAAUAAUUCUUCGUCCCAGAUUUGUUUCCAAAUGGUUGCCCCUCGCGGUGGGUGAGGACCCGCAAGGAGGGGCAGGAGGACUGUGGGGAUCCUGAAUCAUCCGAGGUGACCAUCGCAAGGAGGCUUUCUUUGUAAAUUGAUCUAUAAUUUCACUGCUCCAGGCUUUGCUUUCGUUACCGGAUGUGGUGCGCCGCGGCCUUCCACUGUGCCGCGUGGCUUAUUCGUGAGUCAUACAUAUUGCCGCGGAAUGUAGUGGAGAGUGUCACCUCAUUACUUGGUCGGUGCUGUGAAGUGUAGGUCAGUAAUGAGCCUCGUCUCUCCCAACACCUGUACAUUGUCCAGGGCUCGUGAGUGCAAACGAUGCUCUUCUGCAGCGCGGCCUAGACGGGGAGCGAUCGGACUGGAAGGCAGUGUUGUUGAGGAAUCAGCGAGCGUCGUGCAAAGUCUCGUUAUGAGCACAAGUUGUUUGUGUCUCGUAUCACUUGUUACACGUUUUCCGGGCUCCUACCACACCACCACCUGCUGUGCUGCCGCCAUACUCACCACACCAGUCUCUGCAGGAGCAGCACUUGUGUGCACACUGCUGCUCCUCUGCCUGCCAACCCGCCACACGCAGUUUAUGAUAACUAGGGCCAAAGGGACGAGGGAGUGGAUAGAUUAAAUGUUUCUGAGAAGUGUGGAAUGGAGAGGUGAGUGAGGAAGAGUGGGAGAGCUGGAGGGGCGGGCAGCAGUAGGUGGGCGGAGGGGGAGAGGAGGACGAGGAGCGCGUGUGCAACUUAGGUUGAGAGCCGCGACUCCUGGCCACACCAGCUGGGCCCCGGGACGCGUGCCUCACACACGCCGCCGCGCUGCUCCGCCUCGGCCGUCCGUUGCUGGUGAGCUGCUUGGCGGUCGCCUCGCCCUCGCCUCCACCCGCAAGUGUCAUUCACUGGUGUUGGUAAUGAGUGCAGCGAGUGAAGGAGUGCAGGGAUGUGAUCACACCAGAACGCUUGGUAGUUUAUAGGAAAACAGCUGACCGUCAUUGGCCGGCGUGGAACAGGUGUCUCUCGCUCUCCACCUUGGUGCUAAAAAAAAAAUGGAUGCCUAAAUCUGUGAUCAAAGAAACACUCUACCAAUGAUACAGGUGGAAAGUGCCGCAGUGUGUGUCUAGUGAGGUGGGCCGCCAGUGUGCUGCUAAUUACAGCUCCGCACGCCACGUUGCUCCUGUGCUCCGCCUGGCGCGCGUCCGUGGCGGAGCGGCGGGGAUGACUGGUCGCCGGCAGGUGAGAACUCUGGCUGUAAAAACACUACGUUUCAACCUCCACGAGUGAGCGGCACUCGCGGCCCUAAUGAGUGGUCGCAACUGAUGUGGUGAAGGGCUCACCAUACGAGUGAAUGCUCGCAUGAAUGUAUACUACCUAAUUUGUUAAUUUCUGUGAAUGCAUAGGCUGCGACAUCGUCCCAACAAAUUUAUUAGCGAGACUGCUGUCUGGUGCCUGACCGGGCUGGGCGUUGCAGCACCACAGGGACCUCAGUGAUAAUAAUGAUGUUUAUUGCUUGACGCAACGCAGCAGGGACUGCUGCUGCUCCAUUCAGCUAGGAAACUGUCACUGUAGCUGUCGAGUCACAACCUCGGCAGCAUCCUCUCGUGUAAGGCUCGACACCAUAUUUUUUUUCUAUUAUGUUAAACAGUCUCUUAACUUGAAUCUAGUUUCUUUUCAACAGAAAUACAGUGAAUACAGUAAAACGUGAGUGACUUUUGAAGACCAGAGGCAUGCACUGUAUGUAUGGGAACAAACAAGACCUCACGAUAGUACUGUGAGUGAACCAAGGUGAGGCUUGCCUGUGACGGGAGGGGAACGUGUGCUAGAUGGCACGUGAGGCGACACAACCACCCGCGCAACAGUUUGGAUCCCCCUUUGUAAAACUACAUCAUUGGAGGGCUUUUAUUUAAACACAUUCGAGAUCGAGUUAAAGUGUGAGCGUUGCCGCUGAGUGAGACAGGACUAGUGCGCCGCCAGUCACCCAUGCAUGUGUAGUGAAGUGAUUAAUAGUCACCAGCAGUGGCUCCUGCCUGAUCCUUAACUUCUUGUAGCUGAGUCUCCACAUUUCAUUGAAGCGUCUCCCUCUGAGGAACCUGCUAGUGGCUUAGAGUCCGUAAAAUGGAGGAAGACGGCACUGGAACACAGACAAGACUGGUUGGGACGCGGACACGUGUUAGUCUAGUGACCGGCAGCCGGAGAGGGCAGGGGGAGGACUCUUCAGCCUCAGAGCCUCAAGAAUGUUUCUCUAGGAAGAAAAAAUUUCCAGAGGAACGUUAUUUUAAAUAAAGUUUCCAUGAACACAGCUAUCAUGGAUUGUUGUUCAGUCGAUUAUGCUCCACCGAAUAAGAUUUCAGUGAUGUCCGGUCCUCGCCACGACCUCUCGGAAUGCUCCGAGGAAUGCGAGGUGGACGGCAGCUACACGGAGUUUGUAGAGACACAGUGGACUAAAGGCAGCAGCAGAAGUAGUAGUGAGUUGGAUAAGGACAGUCCGUCUCACAUCGGGAGUGUGCUAGACGGACUGGAGGGGACGCAAGAGAUAGGGAGUGACACAGAGAGUGUGGUGGUGAACGCACCCCUCCACGGGCCAACCACCGUCAGGUGUGUGUGCAUCUGCAAAAAAAAGGGAUGUAAGUUUGUAGACAGGCCGUUUGAUGCCCACAGUGUGAGAGAGUCGCCAAUCGCUAAGGUGUCGGCUAGAUACAGGCUCGUCACAUGGCUCUCAAGUCUCAGGCCUCAUCGAGGCUCCGAGUUCGCUGCAGCGGAUCAGAUUGAUGUCAGCUCCAAGGUUCACCCGGAAAAGAAAUCCAAAAUCAUCCAGAUGUUUAGAUCAAAGAGGUUUCGGAGUUACAGGACACCCGGGGGGGACACAACCUCAGGUCCUGAGGACGUGGCCAAGAAACACUAUCCAGGGCUGAACGGCGCCAGGAGGCACGUGUUGCCAGGCAGGCUCAGAGAGUGCGAGUUGUCGGUGCCUCGGUGCUUUGGGGUGAUGGUGGGUUUGGCAUUCGUACUGUUAGGAAUGACUUAUGACCACGGCGUUAAGCAUGGGGUGGACAACCUGCUGCAGGACUGCUGGUCGUGGCUCAGGACAAGCUACAUGAACUUUGGUGACGAGUUCGUGUCGUACAACAGCCUCUUCUUCAGAAUGGCUAACAGAGAUGUUCUUUACGGAGAACCUUACCCCAAAUAUGGAACCACUAACGCCAAGAACACCACUGGCAACGCCACCAGCUUUAAGGACGCCAUCAACAAAGUGGAUCCCAAAUUCCUCUUCGUGCUGGAGGGACUAAAGCUAUCCGUCCAGGUGCACUUUUUUAGCAUCGAUGAAGACACCAACAAGUUUAAUCCGGAGGUUAUGGUCCAUGACCGGGGCCCGUUGUUCUUCAGGAUAUCCUUCAGGAGAACGGCCGGGCUGCACGUAGACUUUGUGCGGGAGCGGUCCAACAUGACUCUCCAGACGCCCUUUCAUAUUUAUGACCUGAUGAAGAUAAUCACCGUUAGCAAUGAAAUUCCUUACUUCGGGAUGCACAUGCACGAUUACCUCAAGACCACGCCGUCUGCUCUCUUCAACAUGAUUAUCAAGAAUCUGAAACUGUUCAACGUGGACACCACCUUCCUCUCCAGCAUUAAGGCGCAGAUACAAAAGAGAGGAAGGGGAUUUAGUAGGAGAAUAAGAAGACGCUAUGAGGUAGAAAAAGAGGAAGAGAGAACCAGACAUUACAUUCCAUCUGCGUCAACCACAGAGCAGCCACAGAAAGCGACGGCCGAGACGGUGCCAGGGUACACAGCUGCUCCGGUCACCACCACGAGAGCCGCGGCGGGGGCAGCGACGGAGCGGCUGUGGUGGAACACGACCAGCGGCCUGCCUUUUACCACCGCCACCACCACUGUAGGGAGAACGAGACGCUCCACCGAGGAACCGAACUUGAAGAAAGUCGCCUGGCGGGCAUUAACAGAAAUGUCUCGUAAAAUAUUCCUCCCCCUUCCAUUAGACACGAAGAAAACGGUGCUGCUGCCAGUGCCCUUCAUAGAGAAGAAUCUAACACUCCGUUACCGCCACUCCGUCAGCGUUCUGGGCCUUCCCGGCUACCAGUUCAUCCUCGGCAAUGACGUUUCCAAGUAUGGGGAUCCCUGGGACUACCAGCCGCAUGACCUGUACCCCUCCCUCAGCUACUCCAGGGUCAAGGAGGACUCUGGAGACGAUGACUCGCACCAGCAGCGGCACAGGUACAACGACAAGAAGAAACACCAGCAUCACCGUCACUCGAAGCACCAAGGCACCCUGGAGGGCGACAGCUACAGGCGGAGCUUCAAUGAAGUGCUCGGUGUGGUUGACCUUGAGGACUUGCUGGUGCAGUCUAUAGGAAAGCACAUGCUCAUGGGUCGCCAGCUCACUAAUUUUCCGUUUUGGUUAUCACCCCCUCAUUUCUUAUCACUAGGCAACCACUUAGAAAAUAUUAAGUCCAAUGUAAAUGCUAGGAAAUCGUCGAACAGUUCAGGGAUAAAAAAUUCGGGUGAACAAAAUUCUAAAGAUAGUUUAAAAAAUAAUGUUAUGGUGGGGUUGGGAGGAGUCUCCGCCAACGAGUCUCUCCACGGCUCGUUCAUCUACUACCACCCUAUCCUCGGGGUGCCUAUCAACGCCUCGCUAGCCGUCCAGGUGGGCGUGCGCCCACCCAAGGGCAUGCUGUUCUCCCACAAGUUGGUGCCGAUCAUGUGGACGAGAGUGCAGGUGGAGGAGGUGCCACGGACGCUGUGGUAUAUCUUGUGGGCCGCUUGCCACCUCCGAGAGACCAUUAUGUCUUCACUCAUCAUCACCGGCCUCCUCAUCAUCACCUGUUCUCUCACGUGUCGGAGGAAGAAGAGGCGACAGGAACGUCCAGGUAGUAGUGCCUAAGGUAGUCAUGUCGGUACUGAAGGCGUAGCACCAAAGAGCAAAGCGUCGGCAGGUGAGGCCCAUAAACAGUUAGGACUGACUGUCAGACGACAACCCAAGAACUCACUGAUACAAUGCGGGGAGAGUCAUUGCGGGUGUUCCAUGUCUUCCUUGCACAUACAUUCUCUUCCAUUAAACAAAAUCGCCGGGGUGGAAAUUUAGAAGUGAAAAUACUCGCGAACUUUACAACAUCCACGCGCGUUGUGUGUCAAGUGGGGAGCAAGCCAACUAAAUUAACUCCCUCGCCUCUUAAAUUGGAUGACUUUGCUCCCUCGCAACUCUGGAGGAGGUCAGAGUGGAGGUUGAGGGUCGCCACGCAUCAGCUGCAGCGGCGAGGUGACGGAUCCUCCUGUUCACUCCUUGUCCCGCCGCUGCGCCCUGUGACCCGCGUGGGAAUGUCUCGCGCCAGCUGCCAGCCGCAGUGGCUCAGAUAAUGGAAGUGUUGGCCUAAGGAAGUGUGUGAAGCGCAUGUUUGCAUGUGUCAGGUCAGCCCGUGAGCUUGAGUGAAGCAGUGUUUGUGAGAAUCGUUUUUACCAAGUGCGUGAGGCAGGCGCGCAACGACUUUGUGCUACAACAAAAGUCAUCUGAUCCGACGCUGUGACCUGACCAGGACGGCUGGGCACGAGAUGGGCCGCGCACAGCAUCACAUCAGGCCCUGUGUCGCCCAGAGAGGCACAAGCCGCCACGUCGCUGCUGAACCUCGCCCUUCAGGAGCUGCGCCGCCCUCGGCCACAAGAUGUAAAGUAGAUGUCACCCCGGAGCAGCCCCAGCCCGCCCGAGAGAUGUUUUGGUACAUCCUUCCCGUCAUCGGCCUGGGAGUACUCGCGGCAUUGGCUUUCCUCCUGUGCGUGGGCAAGAAACAGGCCUUCUACGUCCGCUUCUGGUGAAGGAGAACAGUAGAAGACACGGCAGCUCGACGAGGGAGGAGGCGACAGAGGAGCUGGUGGUGAAGGAACGAACUGCCAAUUAUCAACUAUGCCAGCUGUUUGGAGGAACGGUCUGAAGAAGGAAACGACAUGAACGACCACACCAUCGUGAGGAGAAGUGGAACCUGAUACGUGGGGAGAGAGAGAGAGAGAGAGAGAGAGAGAGAGAGAGAGAGAGAGAGAGAGAGAGACCCACACAUACACACACACACACAUAAAUUUAUACCUACAUUUUUCUAAUAACUGAAAGGCAGAUUAAGUGAUGAUAUGGAAAGCAAACUCAAUAGAGAGGCCUUAAGUAGAAGCUGAUGAGAUGGAGAGGAGAUAAGCUUUGCCUCCUUAUCUCCUCUUAACUAAACCUAUGCUAACCUAACCUAACCUAACCUAACCUAACCUAUGCUAACCUAAACUAACCUAACCUAACCUAACCUAACCUAACCUAACCUAACCUUAACUAACCUAACGUAACCUAACCUAACCUAACCUAACCUAACCUUAACUAACCUAACCUACCUAACCUAACCCAACAUGACAUAGUAAAGCAUAAUAUAAAACGACCAAAAAAUUUAUCUCCCACCCUUCAUAUCACUCAGUAAUUUACCAUAGCCACAUUUAGCUAGUUACCGUUCUUAUAUCUCUUGUUUUAUUACUGCCAUCAUUACAUAUUACAUCUGACCAUCUCUCUACUUAACUUUUCUUCUUAUCAUUUGACAAGAAUAUUUUGUUACUAUAACCAAUAUUACAUCUGGCUCUUUCUUUUACAUUUAUCUUUUCUUUUCAUCACUUGACAAGAGGACAUGGCGGGAAGGACAUCAUGUAGAGAGGAAAGAAGCAACUGGUUGACUAGACUAGAGUCUGGCUAUUUCUUUGACUUUGUUUUCUUUCUGUUACUUAACAAGACAUGGCGGGAUGGGUUUUAAGUAGGCAGAGGGAAGAAGCACCUGGUCCCACACACUCCCUAUUAAGCCAGUGUUGAGUGGAGACUGGAGAUUACGUGCCUGACGAGAGGGUGGCGGUGGCAGGCAAGGCAGCACAGUCACUCUAUUGGUGCGUUUAUUUAUCUCGUUUUUAAUUCAUUUGUAUUCUUAAGUAAUUUCACUCAGUUUUAAUCUCUCUCUCUCUCUCUCUCUCUCUCUCUCUCUCUCUCUCUCUCUCUCUCUCUCUCUCUCUCUCUUUGCUUUAGUUUUCUUCUAUCUUGUUUUCAUUUUAAUUUUUUAUUCAUAUUUUUCUCUCAUUUUGCUUAUUUUUGUCUGAAUGCAUAGCAUAGUAAUUAGUAUGAACAUUUUUCUGGUUAGUUUAUUUUCUGUUUUUUUUUUAUUUUUUACAUAUAUAUAAUUUACAUAUACCUCGCAUUAUCCUCUCCUUCAGCUUCAUAGUUUCCGUUUAGUUUAGUUUUGUGUUCCUUGUUUAUAUACAGGAUAUUCACCUAUUAUACAUACACGUAAGAUAUUUUCCUGACUAGUUGAUUCCUCUUGCUUUUUUUUUCAUUUUAGUUGUAUUCCGUGAUAUUUUCACUUGUAUACUCUAUUUUGUUCAGGUUUUUAUGUUUUGCUUUUGUAAAAAGGACACUUUUAUAGUUCAACUUUUUCUCUUUAUUAAUUCAUAUCCUACUUUAUUUAUAUUACUUGUUUAGUCUGCUUAGUUCAGCUUUGUUUCAUUUUCACAUUUCAGGUUUUCUCUCAGUGUCCGCAGCGGGGCGUAGUGGUGGCGGCGGCAGUGGUCUGGUGCUCGCCGUGGGGGGUUGUUUGUAUGUAGUCAUGUUUACGCCCCAGCGGGUCUUUGAGUUUCCUGAUCUUGUUUCCGCCUCGCUUUGCUUCAUCCAGCUCAGCACCACCCCGCCUUACCAGCCCGCCCUUUGCUUAGCCCCAUCAAGAGACGCAAGGGAGGAGGAGAAGGAGGAUGUCCACCCUAUGCUCAGUCCUUAAGUAACGCUGGUGGAAAGCGGGGAAGGAGGAGGAGGAGCAACUGGAGAAGGAGGAGCAGGAGGAGUGGGAGGAGGAGGAGGAGGAGGAGAAGGAGGGUUAAAUAACUAGUGUUUAUCCAGCGACAAUAUAAUAAAACUGCGAAAUCUGAUCAGACUUUUCGCAGCACACGAGGAAAACAGGCCUGGAGCUGAUAGUUGGUUGGCUGGCUGGCCGGCGAGUGGGCGAGAGAGCGGGCGAGCCUCCCAUCGCCAACUAUUGGAAAACACGUGUUUAUUCAGUUAUUUUGUUAUUCAGCUCAAUGAACUUUGCAAUAGUUUUCCAUUUUUGGGGAGAGCCAGAUAGAAAAUAAACAUAUAAAUAAAUGCCAUUCAUGAGUGAGUGUCCGACCAUGGGAGAGAGAGAGAGAGAGAGAGAGAGAGAGAGAGAGAGAGAGAGAGAGAGAGAGAUUCAUCGUCAGUAUCACUCGCUCUACACACAUAAGUCCAUGUUUACACUUGCACCACGCGAGUGAAGCUUGUUUUGAAAAGAGACGGGAUUGUGACGUAACGAGACAGGACGGGACGGCAAAACAAGUGACUCACUGACAGAAAGACGCACGAACAAGGACAGCGAAAAGACAGAACGAAGAAAAUAGGGAUAAUAUUGAAAUUACAAAACACUUUUCAUCUGAGGGGUAGUUUAGAUUUAGAUUCAUUCAGUUCAUUGAUUUCACCGCUGAUCCCUUCAUUGUGUAGAUCACGACUUGGAAAGGCAUCACAAUUAUUUCGCCCAGAGAUGAACACUCACUGUUUGGAAAUUAGAAGGAUAAGGUUAUUUUCACAAAACCCAAAAAUACAGAAAACCGACGACAAAACAACUGAUAUACGAACCGAAAGACGCACGAACGAGGACAGCUAAAAGACGAAGCAAAAAAAAAAAAAAAAAAAGAAGGAAAGAAAUGAAAAAGGAAGCAAUACAAAGAACUGACGAGGAAAGAAAUAUAACAAAACAAAGACGAAGAGUUAAAAAACAAGACCGAGAAGGCUCAUAGGAGACAGGACAAGGAAGCGUAGUUCAGGAUGGAGCGUGAAAGUGUAGCCAAGGGACGGGACGGGAAGGGGACGGCAGGUGGACGACCGGAGUGCCCGCCUGCCUGCCUGCCGUGCCUCCCGCAGCUGAGUGCCAUUAGUGAGUGCCAGGGAAGCGAGGCGGAGGGAGAGGCAGGUGGGUGGUAACCAUGACGACCUGGAGAGAGAGAGAGAGAGAGAGAGAGAGAGAGAGAGAGAGCGAGAGAGAGAGAGAGAGAGAGAGAGAGAGAGAGAGAGAGAGAGAGAGAGAGAGAGAGAGAGGUAAAUAUGAUUUGAAGGUAGGAAGGAAGGGAAGAGAGAGAGAGAGAGAGAGAGAGAGAGAGAGAGAGAGAGAGAGAGAGAGAGAAGGAACUGAGAGUGUAUGUAUGACUUGAAGGGAAGGAGGGAAGGAAGGUCAAAAUAUAGAAGGAAAAAAGAGUAAGAUAUUCUGGUAAAGCCUUGAAACACACACACACACACACACACACACAGAGAGAGAGAGAGAGAGAGAGAGAGAGAGAGAGAGAGAGAGAGAGUAUUCCCGCCAACUCCCCGUAGGCCGUUUGAUCAAAUUAAUGUACAUUCACAGCUAAAAGGGAUUCCAGGUCGCCUUAAAAGGCAUAAUUAACUUCUUUGUACGAGUCUCAAUACACCGGAAGAUUAUGAAAGGCAUCAUACUUACACCUCAUCUUCUCCCCCGAGGGCACGCCGGCGAUGAAAGCCCGUCUCCUGCUGUCCCCGGUCCCCUUUCCUUCCUUACUUGCCUUUUUUUUUUCCUCUCCCUUCUCAAAGGCUUUAUUCAGAAUACCAUCACCACUCCUACCACCACCGCCACCACUACCUCCUUGUAUAGCUUGAAGGUGGCGGACGGGCGGUGAAGUGAGCUGCAGCGAAUGCAUUUAUGUUAAUCUGCUUUUGGGGUUUCUAAUAUGCAUCACAAAAGGAUCUCGAUUUGUCACUUCCUCACUCUCUCUCUCUCUCUCUCUCUCUCUCUCUCUCUCUCUCUCUCUCUCUCUCUCUCUCUCUCUCUCUCUCUUGCUUUUGCCGCCUCCAGUCCUCCUAUACCCACUGAGACAUCUUAGGUGGGGUUUCUCAGGACAUAUAAUAGCCUUUCCUAAAGACAAUAGACGGUGGAAUGAGGUAUAAUGAGUGUAUUUCUAUCAGAUUUCCAACCUUUUCGUAACAUUAACAUUCCUAACGAACUGAAAUUUGCGUGCGCACGUGUCAGUUGAUUGCAAUAAAUUUAGUAUAUCAUAUCUCAGCAGCACUUUUUUCAUGGUAGCUUGAGUUCAGUUUAUUUUGAAGGAUUUCUUGUUAUUUUGGCCUCGUAUUUUUGCUGCCUAUUUUCUCUUCUCGGUUGCUACGAAUGCUAGUAGAGGGAACUCGAAGACAUUACUCGAAGAGGAAAAAACGGGUAAAUUCAUUGUAACGCUGGAAGGAAGAUAGAAAGAUAGAUAGCGACGUAGAUGGUUGAAUAGAUCGGUAGUUAGAUAGAUAGACAGGUAGAUAGAUACAUAGAUAGGUAGAUAGGUAGAUAUUUCCCUGACAUACCCACCACAUUUUUUUUAUAGAUAGAUCAGCAGAUAAAUGUUCUCCUCCCAUACUUUCCUACCAUUUUCUUACUUACCCUUUCCACUGAUUCUAGUCAUGUAGCUCAACAAGGAUUCUGCAUCACCAAUAGGAAAAAAGACCCAUUAGAAUCCGACAAAUCAUCUAUGUAGCCUUUGCAAAUCGUCUUUAUGAGAGCCCAAGUGUUUAAGAAUAUGGAUCCUGAUGUCUCUAUGAUACUGCGCCCAUCUACUACCGCUUAUGUGACUCUUGUUGAGAAGGUGACUAGGAAUUAAGACACGUCUGUAUGGCUUAGUGGUUGGUUGAUUGAUUAAUUGAUUGAAUGCAUCGUAUAAAGGGUUUUCUAUGUAUUGUUGUUGGAUAAACCGAGCACACCUUACUAUACGUGUUAUGGAAAGAUGUUGGUUUAAACGUAUCAUUCUAUAUUGGUUGUGAAGCUUUGGAGAGAGAGAGAGAGAGAGAGAGAGAGUACAAUUUAAUUACUAGUUUGACCAGCGUCAGCUGAGCAACAUCACAGGUCUUCACGUUCUCGUCGACCUCCUCCUCUUCCUCCUCCGCCUCCUCCUCCAACUGCUCUUUCAACACUAACUAUACCUUUAAUCUGUCCUCCCAUCCAUACCCUCCAUUUACUCAUUCCCCUUAAUCCUACAACAUUUUCCCUCCAUUCUCUUCCAUUUCUCUCCUUCCCAUCACCUUUCACCUAACACAGCCUCUUCCCCUCCUAUUUCUCCAACAGUCUAUCCCUCGUCCUUCCUCCUACUCACCACAGCUCUCAGCCACACCACCACACCCUGUCUCGUCCCGUCCCGUCUCUCGCACCAGGAUAAAGUGUCUUCUGUAAGUUUCUAGAUGGUGUGAUCGAUGCCUCACCAAAGUUACCUCUACAGUUACGAUACUUUUUUUUUUAUAUAUAUAUAUACCUAAAGGGCGUUGAAGGUCAGGCCAGGGUUCUCGUGUAAAAGUAAACAGCCUCGCCAGAAUAAGGCUUCUGGUGAAGCACCUCAAAGUGAAAUCCUUGUGAAGCUUUGCCCAACGUACCGUACUGUAUCUCUCAGUUAAUAGUGAGAACCCGUAGCGUGUAAAAGAUGGUGGCCGUGGUAUAGAGUAAUGAUGAUGAGGAAUGUUGAUUAAAAGAAAAAAGCGUAAGGGUAAAUGAAAAAUUUUUAUUGAAAUAGAGUUAGUGUGCGUUAUUUUAAAGAGAUUUUGCCACAUUACUGCAUCAUAUUCUACACCGAUAUAUUCUCGCGUGCUAAUAGAGUAAGUAGGUGAAAGUAAUGAUGCGAACGAGGAAAUUUUGAAAACGAAGCGGAGGGGGUUACUGAAUGUCAUUCAAAAUCAGUGAGUAGGUAUCAUUUUUAAGGAGGUUUCCGCUACAACUACAUAUUCUACGCCGACCUAUUCCAGCAACCGGCCCUCGAAGGAAGAAAGAAAUGCGUGCGUGGUUUGUGGAUCUCUAACUUAGCUCUCAAGUUCUUAUCUUGAGAAAGGAAUUCAGGAUGAGGAGGAGAAGGAUCCCUCGCCCAGAGAAAGUUAAGGAAUGCAUAAACAUGAGUUCAAUAAAUUAUCAUAUUAUUCCAGUUUAUAUUUAUGUGCCUGAUAAAUCUCUCUCCGAGCUUUCAUUGAUAAUAAGAAUUUUAUGAUGAAAUGUAUGAUGUAUGUUUUGAGAUCUUAAACUCUUAUUUUUUAUAUUCAACAUUUUUUUUUUUUUUCAUUCGCUUAGCAUAGUUUAUUUUCUUUUACAGCAACAAUUUCGCUUUCGUUUAACUUUACACGGAUAAUGUUUGCCUGCCUUUGAGGGCUUUGCUUUGGGAAAGUAAAAGAAGGCAGACCAGAUAGAGAGUAAGGUGGAGAAAUGAAAUAAGACGCUUCCUUAGCUGGCCUGCAGUGGACGGGUAGCUGACCGAGAUACUACAUGGAGAAUGUUAAGGAAAAGCCUUUAUCAUGCAGGACUUUAUAAUGACAUGACACCAACGUGUCUCAGGUCACCAAGACUCACGAAAAGGUAACUUGCAAUAAAUCCUUCAGAAAAUAAACGAACCUUGCUUUGAUUUACAAGUAUCACAAAAUCAAUCAUGAUUUGUUUCAAACACGGGGACACUUGGCACACUCGCGUCUCAAAGCCAACACGAACACUUUGAUGCCAACGCCAUACAGAUGCAUUACAUGCAGCAGAGCACUGAAGCACUGCAGUAUUCACGUGCUGUAUUCGAAGCUGUGUCGAAUCACACCAAAGCGCCAUCUGGAGUCGUUUGCCAACAAAGAAACUAAUUACAUCAGAACAUAUCAACAUAUCAGAAUAUUAAUCACUGCCUUAUUGUACUCAGGUGAUGAACGCUACGUCGUAUUAUACAUACGUACGAGUAUUCAAGAUCAUAGACGUUAAAUGCCCGUCAGCGCCUAAAGUUCAAGUGUUCGUUUUUCUCAUUUGAGUCAUUCGGAACCUCUGCUACGGGAUUCAAAAGUCAUGUUUCAUCGUUUAUUUUCGGGAAUUAUAAUUAGCGGAGUGUCUUGAAACAAACACCGUCAGAGUAUGAUCCCAAUUCAUAAGUUUGAGAAUUAUUCCCUAAAAAAAAAAUAUGUAACACGGCCUCUGAAAUACAGUAAAUUUAGUGACUCGAUCUAUGAAACACUUGAGAAAUCCAUAUGAAUCUAGGAAAGAGGAGCAGCUGGGACUUAACCAGGUGCUACAGGAUACUCAAGGUACACGAGUCCUCACCAAUCGAGUCAUAACGAUCGCUCACUACAUAUAUACUAAACAAGUACUAGACCAUUACCGUUUAUAUCAAAGCAGACGUGAUUAAAAAUGGAACUUUCAGGAAAUCUAUAUAAAAUUCAGUUAUAUGCAUUUUUUUUUUCUACUAUUUUCUAAACGUAAUUUUUUUUUGUCAUUUUUUUUGGGGGGAGAACAGGUACAGGACCAUUACUAUUUAUAUCAGAGACGUGAGUUAAAAUGGUUUCGGAAAAUAUACAUAAAAUUCAGUUACAUUUUUUUUUUUUCUACUCCUGUCAUGACGUGAUGAUUUGAAGUCGGCUUUAGGAGAAAAAAAGUAUAAAACCAUUGCCAUUUAUAUCAGGGACGUGAGUAAAAAUGGAGGUUUCGGGAAACAUAUACAUAAAGUCAGUUAUAUUUUGUUCUACUUCAGUCUAGACGAGAAGUUUUUUUAAAGGUGGUUUCAUGUCGCCGUCACUGCAGACUCGAGGCUCGCGUUACAUCUCCCCCCAGACAUACACUCUCCAGGGACAGCCGAGCGACACCUCACAGAUUUGCCGCCAUUUCACAGCGAAGAAUUCACCGCUUCUACCGCGAUUUCCUGUCAUGCCAUUCCAUCACAGUUACAGCAUAUCCAAGGAAGCUUGUGACUCUCUCCAGUUUUUCUGGUUAUAUUCACUUCACCACAACACCUCACCAUCCGUCACAAUAAUAUUCCUGCUAUCACAACACCUCACCAUCCGCACUAUAGGUGUGCAUGUCACAUUACUACAUUAAUUUCACUAUUCUAGUUCACCAUUACCACCAUAGCGUAUCAUAGCAUUAUAUUUCAUUCACACCUCUCUACCGCUUCCACAGUUACAUUAUAUUAUCUUCACCAUACUUCACCAUUCCCAGUAAGUCACGCCACAGCACUAUACGCAUUAUUUUCACUAUACCACUUCAACAUUGCCAGCAUAUCAUAGUUAUACAACAAUAUUACCUCGUCUUCAUCGUACUAUCUCGUCAUCUUUAUCACAACUGUAUCACAACAUUACGUAACUCCCCAUUCACCACACCAUCUCACAACCACAGCCAUACCACAGCAUUACCUCUCCUUCAUUAUACCGCGUCACCACCAUCAGCACAGUCAUACCACAGCGUCCCCUCUCCUUCACCACACUAUGUCAUCGCCCUCAUCACCACCAUGCAUCACACUCCCGCAG